UGGGUGGGCCUGGAGGAGGGACCUGGUCCCACCCUGGGCCACAGGAGGACCGGUAUGACCGGGGCCCGGCGGUGGGCCCCGUUGCUGCUGUGCCUGCUGCAGUCCGCUCCAGGGAGGCCCCAUCUGGCCCCUCCCCAGAACGUGACGCUGCUCUCCUGGAACUUCAGUGUGUACCUGACGUGGCUCCCAGGACCUGGCAACCCCCAGAACAUGACCUAUUUUGUGGCCUAUCAAAGCUCUGCAACCCCCACAAAGUGGCGGAGAGUAAAAAAGUGUGCAAGAACCAAAGAUCUAGUGUGUUCUCUGAUGUGCCUGGAGAAACAAGACCUGUGCAACAAGUUCAAGGGGCGUGUGCAAGCGGUUUCUCCCAGAGCCAGGUCGCCCUGGGUGGAGUCCAAGUCCAUGGAUUACUUUUUUGAAGUGGAGCCAGCCCCACCUGUCCUGGUAUUCACCCGGACAGACGAGAUCCUGAGUGUCAAUGCCACGUACGAGCUGCCCCACUGCAUGCCCCAACCAGAUCUGAACUAUGAAGUGGCUUUCUGGAAAGAGGGGGCCAGGAAUAAGACCCCAUUUCCAGCCACUCCCCAUGGCCAGCCAGUCCAGAUUUCUCUCCAACCAGACACCAGCGGACACCACUGCCUCAGCGCCAGAACUAUCUACACCUUUGGCUACCCUAAAUACAGCAAGUUCUCUGAGCCCACCUGCUUCUUCCUGGAGGCCCCAGGAUCCAACUGGGCACUCCUGGUGCUGCUACCCCUUCUGCUGCCACUGCUGUUGGUUGUUGCCACAGGGCCUGUGAUCUGGAAGAGCAUCAGGGGGAACCCCUGGUUUCAUCAGGCAAAGAUGCCACAGGCCCUGGACCUCUCUGGACACAGACACCCCGGGGCAACCUUUCAACCCAGUGGCCCAGAGUGCCUGCAUGUCUUGAUCCUCUGUCCCCAAAAGGAGCUGACCAGACGGGUCAGGCUGACCCCUAGAGUCAGGGCCCCAGCCACCGUCCAGGCGGGAUCAGAGAAGGACAGCGCUGAGGGGGAGAAGCACGACAAGGAGAACACAGAUGAGGAGGACACAGACGAAGGUGUCAGCUUCCAGCCCUACACUGAGCUACCCCGCUUCCUGGGGCAGGAAGCCCAGAGCCCGGGGCAUGCUGAGGCAGGAGGGCCUUGGACUCCUCUGGUCCAGGUCGAAGGCUCCUCUGCUUGUGAUUCUUCAGACAGAAGCUGGGCCAGCACUGCAGGCUCCUCCCCCUGGGACGAGGCUGGAUCAUCUGGCUACUUGGCCAAGAAGAGGCCAGGCCGAGGACCGGGUGGGAAGGAGCUCCAGAAGCCUCUCCCACCACCCGAAUUCUCCGAGGACUCGAGUUCCCUGGAAGAGCCCCCAAAAGACAACCCGUCCUCCUGGGUCAGCUGGGGCUUACCAUCGCCAGGGCUGGUUCUGGUCCCCAGGGAGCCCCCAGUUUCUCUUCAGACACUGACCUUCUGCUGGGACAGCAGCCCCGAGGAAGAGGAAGAGGAGGAGGAGGAGGAGGAAGAAGAGGGUGGGAGGGAAUCAGAAAGUGAGGACAGUGGUGGCGGCAGCUGCGGGGCUGAGAGCCUCCAGGGGAUUGAGGUCAGAGGUAGGACACUGGGGCACUACUUGGCCAGGUGAGCCGUCCCUCC